UGAAGAACUUUUAACAAAAGAAAAAGAAAAUUUUUACAAAAUUUCUAAAUUUUCCUUGACAUAUUAUUCAACUAAGAAAUAAAACAUAAAUAUACAGCCGGUGUGCUAAAUUAAUAUGAGAAAAAAAUUUAAGAAGUUUUCAAUAAAAAAGCUGCUAUAAACAAUAUUUAUUGGCCAAAAAGGCAAAAAAAAACUUGUAGAUGUAAAAGAAAAACGUAAUUAGAAUCAAAAGCCAUUUUUGGAAAAUAUUGUCAGUGAUAAAAGAGGAAUAAAAACUGUAUACUUUUUUUUGGUGCUGAAGUGGAAUAGAAACUUUAAUACUUUUCAAAGGUUCUGUAAUUAAAUGUCAAAAAACGAAAGCUAAUUGUGUUGAAAAUAGAAAACGACCAUGAACAACGGCUUCAGUACGGGUGAGGAAGACUCAAGGGGAGGGCAUACAGAUCAAACAUGUUGUCUAAUUGACGAAAAUGAAAGAUGCAAUAGACCAGCUGGUAAUGCCAGCUACAGUAAGCGUAUACAGAAAACGGUGAAGGACAAACGUUUAAAAUUAAGCAGCGAUCCCACUUCACAACACAUUUACAUCUGCGAUUAUCACAAAGAACGCAUACAGUCGGCACGUUCGAAGCGGCGGCGCAAGGAAUCCGAAGAUGAUAGUAAUGAUACCGAUAUUGACCUGCCCGAGGUGCCCGAUUUGUAUCAACUGCAAGUAAAUACGCUGAGACGCUAUAAACGCCAUUAUAAAUUGCAAACGCGACCCGGCAUGAAAAGAGCCCAACUUGCUGACACCAUAAUGAAACAUUUCAAAACGAUACCCAUUAAGGAAAAGGAAAUUAUCACCUAUUUCGUUUAUAUGGUUAAAUCGAAUUCCAAUAAAUUGGAUCUUAAAAAUGGCAUGAGUAAUGACACAACUUAAAUUGUAUGAUUUUAUCAGCAACUACAGUUGAUGAACCUAGUGAAUAUAAUAUAUUACCUACUAUACAUAUUAUUUUUUAAUUAAUCAUACGGUAAAUUUUUAAAUAAAAUCUUUAAAUUUAAGCAAUUGUUAUGUUUAAGUCACUCAAUCAUUUCUGUGUAAUAUUUUAUAUAUUUAAAAAAAAAGAAAAUGUUUUUUUUUUAUUUUUUACCUAAACUCUUAUAACUAAGCUAACAACUCUACGGCUUUUAAAAGAAAAUUUACAGCUGUAAAUUAAAGUAAAUGUAAUCAUGUUUUCAUAAUUAGCUUUCGGUAUUUUAAGUUUUAUCUAGUUAAUACUUUUUUGUUGUUGUUUCAAACCCUCUAGCAAUAUAUGCAGUGGUAAAUGCAAUUUUGUAUAGAAAAAUAACAUUUUGAAAAGAAUAAAAAGGUAUUAUACAUAAAGAAAAAUAAAAGCGAGCAAAAUAAUUGAGGCAAUAAACAUGUUCAAAUAAAUAA